AUGUCUGGUUUCCCUAAUCAUGUCCUGAAGUUGAGAGAGGGUACUCCUGUAAUGCUUCUACGAAAUAUCGACCCUAAGAAUGGGUUGUGUAAUGGCACAAGACUCAUCAUUACUAAGAUGGCUAAUUAUGUUCUCCAGGCUCAGAUAAUAACAGGUAGCAAGGUUGGUGAAAAAGUACUGAUUCCUAGGAUAUUCCUCUCUCCUUCGGAGAUGAAACUUCCUUUCAGGAUGAGACGCAAGCAGUUUCCCAUCACAUUAGCUUUUGCAAUGACUAUAAACAAAAGCCAAGGACAGACACUCGAAAAGGUUGGUUUGUAUCUUCCAAGGCCGGUAUUUACUCAUGGGCAACUCUAUGUCGCUGUAUCGAGGGUUACAUCCAGAAAAGGUUUGAAGAUAUUGAUCACAGAUAAAGACAACAAACCACAAAACAAAACAUUGAAUAUCGUCUACAAGGAGGUUUUUGACAAGAUAUGA